GUUCCGUGGCUGCCCGCCCCUAGCUGUGACCGCAACUGGUGCCCCGUGUGAGGCCACAUCUACUCGUCCCCUCUCCACACAACAGUCCAGCAAAUCGCCCGCUCGCCCGGACGCCUCUCCAUCUCCCCUUCCCCUCGCCUGCAAGAUGAUGCAUCACAGCCAAUCUGGAUCCCAGGAAGAGCAAUCCGACCUGCCACCAGCAGCCACACGUCUAACGAGACGAGAACGCCGUCGUCUCCGCAACCUGGUGUACCAGAUGACAACCUUGCACCUAGACCGGGAGCCCAGUCCGGAGAUACCCCCGGAAAGACAAGAAAUCAUGGAGAUUAUGCGCCUAUACAGACGGGCAAAAGCAAGCCCCCUGCACCUCCAUAACCCCCACCCAAGCAUUGCUUCCCUUCUAAUGAUCAUGCUUGCCCUCGCCUCUCCCACCCAGGCCAACUCACUACACCAACCUUUUAACUGGACAGUCCAUAUCAUGGGGGGGAUAGAGAAGGACCUCCUCUAUAAUGUUACAGCCGAGGCUCCUUCGUUUACUGCCAGCAUUUGUGAUUUUGUUCAAUUCACAGGUUUAAACAACAAUAAUUGGUUACGUAAUCAAUGUCAAGGCGGCCUCGUUUCUGGUUAUUACAUUUGUCCCUCCACAGGCAAAGGCUGUGCUGACCCCUCGCAUUUUUAUUGCCCCUCCUGGGGGUGUGAAACAAUGGCCUACGGAUGGUCUGAAGCUCCCAAUAAAGAUCAGCACCUCCAAGUGUCAUGGACAAAGCCAAAUUGGCGCAAUAUAACCCUUAAGGUUAAAAACCCCGGCGAGGACAAUUGGCUUAGUGGCCGCACAUAUGGCCUCCGCCUCUACAUGGAGGGCUAUGAUUGGGGUGGUCUCUUCUCCAUACAAAAGAGACACCCCACCGCCACCGAUCCGAGCGGCGUUGGCCCCAACAAAGGCCUCUCCUUUCUGUCCCUCCCCAUCCCGGCACUGGGGCCCGCUGGAUAG